GCCUCUAGUGCAGGCCUCGCUGAAGCCUGAACUGUAGUGUUGGCUGGCUGGCUGUUGUAGGCAGCAAGGAAGGAAGGAGGCAGAAUGGCCAGCACUGGCUGUCCUUGCCCACCACAGCUCUGUGCCAACCCUCUACUCAGCCAAGCCAAGCCUUUGCUGCUUAGAAAUGGAGGAAGCGCGUUCCAGAGUCCCAGGGCAACUCUAGAAAAGGACCGGUUUCGAGUCGCUACUAAUCGAGUUGGUGACAACUGCAGCUGGACCUCCCCAGAUGAUCUCAACAAGUGCAAAGUAGAUCUUCUGACUUUUUUUGCAGCUCUUACCAUGGGGUGUGGACUAAGGAAGCUAGAAGACCCAGAUGAUAGCAGCCCUGGAAAAAUAUUUUCGACACUGAAGAGACCUCAAGUGGAAACAAAGACAGACUCUGCUUAUGAGUAUGUUUUGCUAGAUUUCACACUAGAAGGUUCUUCAAAUCCAGAAGUUAUCAAGAUCAGCUCAGUGUUGGAUAUUGCAAAAAAGGUAGAGGAGUAUUAUACUAAAGGCUAUGUGGUAGGCGCUAUUCAUCCUGUUUUACUGUCUCUUGGACGACGAAGGCACUUUUCAGCAAGUCAUAUGUAUCGAGUCGUGCUCUUGCGUCCUAAAUUAAGCCAGAAGCAUCCAGCAUCCCAAGGACAAAGACAUCCCAGGCUUGUGAUUGAAGAGUGUCUUUUAACAUAUGAAACACUAACAAAUGAGGUAGUAAAAGGACUAUUAGAAAAGGUCAAUGAUGCUGCAAAAAGAGGGAUGAAGUUUGUUGGAUUUGUAACGCAGCCUUGUCCUCGGACUAAAGUCUGCAAUGGCACAAAUGUGGAUGGAAAUACAGAGUCUGAGUCAACACUAUGCAGAAGAAGUAGAGAACAGAAGAGGCACGAUUCUGAUGAAAAUGUUAAAACCUGGAAUGGAGGGACAUUUAGUGGUCAGUCCUCUGAGAGUGGAAUAGAGGAAGAGAUUCAGCCAGACAGUGGACAGUCUCAAGAUAUCGAUCUUCAAGAUGGAAGAGAAGGCUACCCUAGUCCUACCAAGUUAAGGAAAGGAGAAGAUAACAAAUUGUAUACAGUCUUCAAUGUUUUUGAAGAUGACUCCACCUCUUGGAUCUAUCAUGAGGGUGUUCUGUCUUUAAAAGUGUCAAGAAAAGGGCCAGUGAUUAGUACUUUGGAUGCUGAUUGGCUAGAAUUAACCACAUUUUAUUACAAACAAGGGCUGUCAUUAGUUGACUCAUUUGUAUACUGGGAACCUUCUAAAGUUGAGUACUUGCCCAAAACAUUAGAUGGCUUAUUUAUAUAUGAAGAAGGAGGCUCGGGAGUUCCAGGUUCAAACAGGAAAGGAAAUGAUGCCAUAGUUGUAGAACAAUGGACUGUCAUUGAGGGCAAUGAAAUAAAAAACGAUUAUGGUCCUCUGCUCCACACUUUGGCUGAGUUUGGUUGGCUUUUAACAUGUGUACUGCCUACACCAAUCAUCCGUAUGGACAGUGAGGGAAAUCUGGCUACCAAGCAAGUGGUUUUCCUUCAGAGGCCUGUUAUGUGGGAUCCAGUUGCCCAGACACCUGAGAAGAAACCCACCAAGCUGCUCAGAGAAGAAAAAGGCAAAGUUUCAAGCAGAAGUGUUGGAUUAGACACAACUACUUCCCAUCCUGCACAAAGUACACAUCCUACAGAUGAGUUGUUUAAUCUGUCUCCUUCUACACAGAGUUGGGCCAAGGAAGGAUCUACCCAGUUUGGAAGCUUCCCUGGCUUCAGCAGCAAUGACAUGCUAAGGGAAUUGGAGGAUGGACAGUUUGACCAAGAUGAUGGAGUCACUCAGGUCACAUGUAUGUGAGCAGUAACUGUAUUAGACAGACAUGUACAUAAUUCAAAGAAAUGUAAAAAAUAGAAUUUACUUUUUAUAUGCAUUGGUAUAGAAUUCAGCCUUUCCUUAGCCAAAUAUAUGUACUUUGUACUUCUCCUCCCUGCCCCCACUGUCUCAACAUUGUGCUCAUAGCAAAACUUUACUUGCAUAGUAUUUAGCAGAAGUGUUGACUUUCGGUUAGGCCUACUUACUUCACUGGGAUGUUACAUUUCUAGAACAGUAUUAAAUGUCACUGGCAAUUAUCUCAAUGAUUGUUAUCGUUCUGACAUCUGGAAGGGAAACAACUGCAGAUGGGGUGUUGGCUGCUGUUGGAAAACAUAAUAACACUUUCAACGAGAAGUGGAAAUGUUAGGGAAAGGAUAUUGUAUCACAUGUCAUCAUAAACAUUGUAAGGUUUAAGAGUAAAUUAAAACUGUAUAUAAGGAA